AUGCAUAUCCUCGUGACCAACGACGACGGUCCCCCCUCGCCACAUUCGUCCCCCUACGUCGCCUCCCUCGUUGCCGAGCUCAAGAAGGCGGGCCACACCGUCUCGGUCUGCCUCCCUCACACGCAGCGCUCCUGGAUCGGCAAGGCCCACAUCAUCGGCCAGUCCGUCAAGCCCGUCUACUACACGCCGUCUCCGAACCUGUACGGCGAUGACGCCGAGGGCACCAUCCACACGCGGCCCACGACGUCGGACCCCGCGACGCCCGGCACCUUUGACGCCGACAAGGAAUGGGUCCUCGUCGACGGCACGCCGGCCUCGUGCGUCCAGAUCGGCCUGCACCACUUCUUCGCCGAGCGCGGCCCCGUCGACCUCGUCGUCAGCGGGCCCAACUACGGCCGCAACACGACGGCCGUCUUUGCCCUGUCGAGCGGCACCCUCGGCGGCGCCAUGGAGGGCGCCAUCUGCGGCAAGAAGGCCAUCGCCCUGAGCUACGCCUUCUUCUCGCGGAACCACGACCCCGUCAUCAUUGGCGGCGCCGCGCGCCACGGCGUCCGCGUCAUUGAGAAGCUGUACGCCGACUGGCCCGCCGACGCCAGCGUCGACCUCUACAGCGUCAACGUGCCGCUCGUCGAGGGCGUCGAGACCCACAAGACGCUGUGGACCGGCGUGCUGCAGAACUACUGGCACGACGCCGGCUGCUUCCAGGAGCUCGACGGCGACGCCGCCGACGAGGUUGUCGAGGAGGAGAGGAUACGCGAGGGGCAGGGCGGCGAGGUCCAGGGCGGCGAGAGGAAAGCGGACGAGCUGCUGCACAAGAAGCACAGACAGAGGCACUUCAAGUGGGCGCCGUCCUUUGCCGGCGUCUACAAGAGCGUCGAGGAUGCGCCGCCUGGCAACGAUGGCUGGGCUGUCGAGAAGGGAUACACAAGCGUCACGGCCUUGAAGGCAAACUUCUGGCACGCCGCGGAGCAUCUGCAUGAGAAAGAGCUGGUUCUUUCGCCGUCCCGGGAGGAGGAGGCCAAGACGAGCAGCCAGCAACUACCCCUGAGGCCCGCCGCGGCCCAGAAGCCGGAACAGGCAGAGACGGCCACGUGCUACGCCGUUGUCGAUUACGGCGACGAAUACGUCCAGCCCCUGAUUCUGGACGCCAUGAACUCACUCCUGCCCGAGGGAUCCUGGGAGCUGCUGCCCCACUCGCCAUCCUCGUCAGCCGACGAAGUCCUGUCGCUGGCGAACAUUGUCCCCUCGCCGACGGCCAAACUCGUGCAGAUUGCACCCUACGAGACGCUUGACUUUGCGUACGCCGCCGACCACUCGUCCACCGUGCUCAUCAACAGCUACAUGAUCCGCAAGGCUCUCAUCCGGAAGCACUACCUGUCCGCGACGGUGGAGACGUGGUCCGCCAAACACCCGUCCUCGUCGCUGGCCACGGGCGUCAAGCGCAGCGAGCACUUUGAGCUCGACUACGCCGAGUUUCUCGACGACGCCCUCGUCGAGGCCUUUGACCUGCGCGAGAGCCUCGAGCGGAACGAAGAAAAGGACGACCCGGCGCAGCGGGACUGGUGGAUCCUGAAGCCCGGCAUGAGCGACCGCGGCCAGGGCAUUCGGCUCUUCAGCACGCAGGACGAGCUGCAGGCCAUCUUUGACGGAUGGGAGGCCGACAGGCCCGACAGCGAUGCCGGCGAAGACGGAGACGAAGACGGAGACGGAGAAGGGGGAGAAGCCGCCGGCGGCGCCCGCGACGGCAGCGGUGACUACAUCACGACAUCGCACCUGCGCCACUUUGUCGCCCAGCCGUACAUCCACCCGCCGCUGCUCCUCGACACGGACAGCCGCAAGUUCCACAUCCGCACGUACGUGCUGGCCGUCGGCUGCCUGUCCGUGUACGUCUACAGCGACAUGCUCGCGCUCUUCGCGGGCGCGCCGUACGCGCCGCCGUGGACGGCGCCCGAGAACCUCGACGCCCACCUCACCAACACGUGCCUCCAGACGGCGGCCGGCAGCGAAGCCGCCACGACGCCAACGACGACGACGACGCCGACGGUGCGCCGGCUCGCGGCCCUGGGGCUCGCGCCCGCGGUCGAGCGGCGCGUGCGGGACAAGAUUGGCGCGCUGACGGGCGACGUCUUCGAGGGCGCGGCGCGCGGCAUGACGGUGCACUUUCAGCCGCUGCCCGGCGCGUUCGAGGUGUACGGGCUCGACUUCCUCGUCGAUGCCGCGGGCGACGCCUGGCUGCUCGAGGUCAACGCCUUCCCGGACUUUAAGCAGAGCGGCGACGGCCGGACGGGGCAGGUUGUGGCUGGCUUCUGGCGGGGUGUUGUGCGGACGGCUGUGGCGGGGUUCUUCGGCGUCGAGACCCCCGCCGCCGGCGAGGGUGAGGGCACGAUGGAACUUGUAAGGGAGAUUGAUCUGGGCCGGAGGUGA